ACCCACAGCGCCUUCAGCUCUGAGUGAGCUUGGGUGACCGUGUCUCUGCUGCAGUCCUGACCGCGCCAGUGUCCGCUGCACCGCGUUGACCCAACCAGCACAGUCGGAGCCAUGAUUCCUAUCUCCCACAAGCGCCGGGUGUUCGUGGUGGGGGUUGGGAUGACCAAGUUCAUGAAGCCUGACCUUGGGAAUUCAAGAGACUACCCUGACUUGGCAAAAGAGGCAGGUCAGAAGGCUUUAGCUGACGCACAGAUUCCCUAUUCAGCAGUGAAACAGGCAUGUAUUGGCUACGUUUAUGGUGACUCUACCAGUGGGCAGAGGGCGAUCUAUCACAGUUUGGGACUGACUGGAAUUCCUAUAAUCAAUGUUAACAACAACUGUUCUACUGGUUCUACUGCUCUGUUUGUGGCCCGGCAGCUGAUUCAGGGUGGUGUGGCAGACUGUGUCUUGGCUCUUGGGUUUGAGAAGAUGGAAAAGGGAGCCAUUGAAGCAACAUCUCCAAACAGGACUUCUCCAAUGGAUAAACAUAUUGAAGUCCUGAUAAAUAAGUAUGGAUUGUCUCCCCAAUCAGUUACUCCUCAGAUAUUUGGGUGUGCUGGAAAAGAGCACAUGGAAAAAUAUGGAACAAAAGUUGAACACUUCGCAAAAAUUGGAUGGAAAAAUCAUAAACAUUCGAUUAAUAACCCGUAUUCCCAGUUCCAAAAAGAAUACAGUUUAGAUGAAGUGAUGACAUCUCGAAAAGUUUUUGAUUUUCUGACUCUCUUACAAUGUUGUCCUACUUCAGAUGGCGCUGCAGCAGCAGUUUUGGCCGAUGAAGAUUUUGUGUGGAAGCAUAACCUUCAUUCCAAAGCUGUGGAAAUUCUGGCUCAGGAGAUGGUGACUGAUUUUCCAAGCACAUUUGAAGAAAACAGCAUUAUUAAAAUGGUUGGCUUUGAUAUGACUAAAGAAGCUGCCAGAAAGUGCUAUGAGAAAUCUGGCCUGAGACCAAGUGAUAUUAAUAUAAUAGAACUUCAUGAUUGCUUUUCUGUUAAUGAACUCAUUACUUAUGAAGCAUUGGGACUCUGUCCAGAAGGGGAAGGUGGAAAACUGGUUGAUAGAGGAGAUAAUACGUAUGGAGGAAAGUGGGUCAUAAAUCCUAGUGGUGGAUUGAUUUCAAAGGGACACCCGCUUGGAGCUACAGGUCUGGCUCAGUGCGUGGAACUCUGCUGGCAGCUGAGAGGGGAAGCUGGAAAAAGACAAGUUCCUGGUGCAAAGGUUGCUCUGCAGCAUAAUUUAGGCCUUGGAGGAGCUGUAGUUGUCACAAUCUACAAGAUGGGUUUUCCCGAAGCUGCCAGUUCAUUUAGAACUCGUCAGAUUGAGGCUGUUCCGACCAACUCUGCAGUUGAAGGAUUUAAAGCAAAUCUUAUCUUUAAAGAGAUUGAGAAGAAACUUGAAGAGGAAGGGGAACAGUUUGUGAAGAAAAUCGGCGGUAUUUUUGCCUUCAAGGUGAAGGAUGGCCCUGGGGGUAAAGAAGCCACCUGGGUGGUGGAUGUGAAGAAUGGCAGAGGAUCAGUGCUUCCUAACUCAGAUAAGAAAGCUGACUGUACAAUCACGAUGGCUGACUCAGACUUAAUGGCUUUAAUGACUGGUAAAAUGAAUCCUCAGACGGCCUUCUUUCAAGGCAAAUUGAAAGUCACUGGCAACAUGGGUCUGGCUAUGAAGCUACAAAAUCUUCAGCUCCAGCCUGGCAAAGCUAAGCUGUGAAGAUCUUUCUGUGCCUACCUUUGAAAAUCAAGAUGAGACUUACAGAUAUAUAUCCAUAUAUUUCAUUGUCAGAACGUAGACUGAAACCAUGUGUUGGCCAAUAGCACGGGAUUUGUUUUUAAAUGAGUGUGACCAAUUCUGUUUUUCCUAAGCUUUGGGUGAAUAGAGCCUGGUGGUAUACUACUGCUUUGCUGAAUUGCAUACAACUGUGCAUUACAAAGUUAAUAUGGUAAUUAUGGUCUGGAGUAAAAUUGAGUUUCAGAAUAAAAUUAGGAACAGCAAAAUCCAAAAACUAUGUAAACAAAAGCUCUCAUUUUGCUUAUGAAGUAUAUUUAAGGAUUGUUCUGCUGAAGAUUCAUUAUAAGUUUUUCUUGAGAGAAUUAGGGGAGAAACAAAAUACCAGAAGCUGGCCAGUAAUUAGUUUGUGCACUUAAUGACCUUAAUCUAUUUUCCAUUAAUAGUUUUCAAAAAUCUGUACUGGGAUUUAAAAAAUUUUUUAAAUUUUGCAUUUUGCACCAUCAGAAUGGUAUUUUCUUCCCAAAUCUAAAUAAAAGAAAUAUGAUCAGAGCUUGGAGGGGUGGGGAAUUUAUAGCUGAACACAGGCCUAUUUUUAAAAUAAAAAAUAUUUUUAAAUGGGUUUUGUUCUUGAAAAAUCAGUGUUAAAUAGUUUUAACAAUAAAAUUUGCUUCGAGAUGCACAGUUUUAAAA